AUGAACUUCGAUGAAGCAGUUGAAAAAUGGAAAUCACUGGAAGAUAAGUUUGACGAGAGUGAAAAAAUCGAACUUUACGCGCUGCAUCAGCAAGCAACCGAGGGUGAUGCAGGCGACGAAUGUGAUUCUGGUGAUGAGAUGAAAUUCUUAGCAUGGAAGUCAAAAACUGGAAUGAGUAAAGAGGACGCUCAUGCUGGCUUCAUCAAAGCGGUUGAAGAAGCGGCCACCAAGCAUGCUGAAUAA